CCCUCGGCGGCCCGUUGUUAUGACGACACGGUCGUAAAUCCGCCAUCUUCCUGCGGCGCGUUGCGACAUGGAGGGAGCGAUGGCAGUGCGGGUGACGGCCGCUCAUACGGCAGAAGCCCGGGCCGAAGCCGGUCGUGAAGUGGGUGAGGGCGGGGUCGCAGCAGCGGCUUCGGCCCCCGGCGGCUUCCUUAGCCUGCCAGCACCCUUCGGCGAGGAAGAUGAGGAUGACAUACACAGAUGUGGCCGUUGCCAGAUGGAAUUUACUGCCUUGGAAGACUUUGUUCACCACAAGAUUCAGAAGGCCUGCCAGCGGGCCCCUCAGGAAGCCCUGCAUGUCCCCACUGCUACCACCACACUCCUGGGCCAGGAGGUGGUGCCAACAGCAGCAGGCCCAGAAGAACCCAUCACUGUGGCCCACAUUGUGGUGGAGACAGCCUCCCUGGCAACAGACAUCAGCCAUGCUCCUGACCUUGUUGGUAGUGGACAUAUUAAAGAGGUCAUUGUGGCUGCUGAUGCUGAGCCAGGGGACGCUGAGGUGGCAGAGACUCCAGGUAGUCCCAGCCAUCAGGGAAUUGAGCUUGCUGUGGAGGGUGAGCAGGCACAGGCCAAGCUGCUGGUGAACAAGGAUGGCCGCUAUGUGUGUAUGCUGUGUCACAAGACCUUCAAGACGGGCAGCAUCCUCAAGGCCCACAUGGUCACCCACAGUAGCCGUAAGGACCAUGAGUGCAAACUCUGCGGGGCCUCCUUUCGGACUAAGGGCUCACUCAUCCGGCACCACCGGAGGCACACAGAUGAACGCCCAUAUAAGUGUGCUAAGUGUGGGAAGAGCUUCCGGGAGUCUGGUGCGCUGACUAGGCACCUCAAGUCUCUCACUCCAUGUACAGAAAAAAUUCGCUUCACUAUGAGCAAGGACGUGGUUGUGGGCAAAGAGGAUAUGCCUACAGCCUCAGGUGCCUCUACCAUGGGGACAGUUACGUCUUCAUCAGUGACGGGUGAGCAUAUGGACACAUCACCAGUAAUCCAUCUGGUGACAGAUGCAAAGGGCACUGUCAUCCAUGAAGUCCACGUCCAGAUGCAGGAACUGCCGCUGGGCAUGAAACCCCUGGCCCCAGAGCCUCCAGGCCCUGAAGAACUUCCUUGUUCCAGUGAGGGCAGCCGUGAGAACCUGUUGCACCAGGCUAUACAGAAUUCUGGCAUCGUUCUUGAGCGGGUCACUGGAGAGGAGAGUGCCCUCGAGCCAGUCCCAACCUCUGGGUCUAGUCCUCAGCCCCUGGGAGAUGGACCUCCAGAACUCCCACUAUUGGAGGUUGAGCAGAUGGAGACACAGGUGUCCAGUGAAGCUUCCACUGUGCCUAGGACCCACCCAUGUCCUCAAUGCAGUGAGACCUUCCCAACAGCAGCCACUCUGGAGGCUCACAAGAGAGGCCACACAGGGCCGAGGCCGUUCCCCUGUGCACAGUGUGGCAAGGCCUUCCCCAAGGCCUACCUGCUCAAGAAGCACCAGGAGGUACAUGUGCACGAGCGCCGCUUCCGCUGUGGGGACUGCGGGAAGCUGUACAAGACCAUCGCCCAUGUGCGUGGCCACCGGCGUGUCCACUCCGAUGAGCGGCCCUUCCCUUGUCCCCAGUGUGGCAAGCGCUACAAGACUAAGAAUGCCCAGCAGGUGCACUUCCGGACACACUUGGAAGAGAAGCCACACGUUUGCCAGUUUUGCAGCCGAGGCUUCCGGGAGAAGGGGUCGCUCGUGCGGCAUGUGCGGCACCACACUGGAGAGAAGCCCUUCAAGUGCUACAAGUGUGGCCGUGGUUUUGCUGAGCAUGGCACGCUCAACCGGCACCUGCGUACCAAAGGAGGCUGCCUAGUGGAAGUGGAAGAAUUGCUGGUGUCUGAGGAGAGUCCCUCAGCAGCUGCCACUGUGCUGUCUGAGGAUCCCCACACUGUGUUGGUAGAGUUCUCAUCUGUGGUGGCUGACACACAAGAGUACAUCAUUGAGGCCACUGCAGAUGAUGCGGAGACCAGUGAAGCUACAGAGGUUAUUGAGGGCACCCAGACAGAGGUGGACAGCCACAUCAUGAAGGUGGUACAGCAGAUUGUGCACCAGGCCAGUGCUGGGCACCAGAUCAUUGUCCAGAAUGUGACCAUGGACCAGGAGGCAGGGCUGGGCUCGGAGGCAGCCUCUGCAGACACCAUCACCAUUGCCACCCCUGAGAGCUUGACAGAGCAAGUGGCCAUGACACUGGCCUCAGCUAUCAGUGAGGGUACUGUGCUUGCAGCCCGCACAGGCUCAAAUGGCACUGAACAGGCCACUGUGACAAUGGUGUCAUCAGAGGACAUCGAGAUCCUCGAGCAUGCAGGCGAGCUGGUCAUUGCUUCCCCAGAGGGCCCGCUUGAGGUGCAGACAGUCAUCGUUUAGCACGGGGCCUGCAGGAUCCCAUU